UAAGGAAAGGAGGAGAGGGUUGAAAGAGGGAGGGCAGAGAUGAGAUGGGAGGUUUGUUGCAAAACAGCUCUCUGGAAGUGAUGACACCAACAGAAAACCCUUCCAAUAACUUCCUAUGAGACCAAGAGCAGCAGCAGUAGGAAGAAGCUGCACAGCACAAGAUACACGCAGUGGGGGAGGCCAGUUACACACAGGAGGAGGCUGUACUGUGGAGGAGAUACACACAUGAGGCUGCACUGUGCUGGAGGUAUUACUCACAGGAGACUGUACAGGAGAUACACGUAGGAGGAGGCUGCAGUGCACACAAGUUACUAACAGGAGACACCAACCCCAAGCUCGAGUUAUAUGCAGGAGGAGGCUGCACAAAAGUAUCACAUACAAAUAGGAGUUGGCUGAAUUGUAGAAAAGAUAUACAUAAGGGGGAAGCUACACUGUGCUACAGGCAAGAGGUAGCUGCACUACAAAGAGUUUACACAGCAGAAAGAGACACAGUAUAGGAGAUAUGUACAAUACACAAUAAAGAGGCUGAUGACACAAUACAGUAUGCAGAGUGUGCACUGUAGAGACGGCACACAGAAGAAACGGAACCACUGAGCAUUGAACUUAUGCACAGAAAUAUAACAAAACAAGAACUAAAAGACAGGCGAAGGCAUAAAGGAAGAAGUAGUGACUGUACAUAAGUAGGUUGUUGCCAGCAUUACACACACAGCAAAAAUUUACACACAAGUUGCACAGAGGUGGGGGUCAACCACUGGGAAGUGGGAAUUUACUUAAUUUGAAGAGGCUGCACAGAUCCUACAAAUAUAGGGUGAGACUGGGAAGCACUAUUUUUGAGUUUCACCCUCCCUUUACCUCAUGUCCUCCCGGGGUGGUGUACCCCUUCCACCUGGAAACCAGAUGAACAUGUUGCGAGGACCAAAUUUAGGAUUAUACAGAACCCCGCCGGGGCCUUACCAGCGUCUUGGGCUGAUUCCUGGUGGUCGGAUGCCAGGGCCAAGCAUGCCGGUUGGUUCACCCAUGCUCCCAGGAUACGGUGCAGGUUCUCCCAUGCGAUCUGGUAUGAACCCUAUGUUUAUGGAGCCUUUUAGAAAAAGACUUCUGAAUGCACAAGGACACCCUCCUGCACCCAACCAGAGGAGGGGAGUGAAGAGAAGGAAAAUGGCCGACAAGGUUCUACCACAGAGGAUCCGCGAGCUGGUCCCAGAGUCACAGGCAUACAUGGACCUCUUGGCUUUUGAACGGAAACUAGAUCAGACAAUUGCCAGGAAGAGGAUGGAAAUUCAGGAUGCCAUCAAGAAACCACUAACUCAAAAGCGCAAGCUCAGGAUAUAUAUUUCCAAUACGUUCACUCCGGGGAAACCUGAUGGAGCUGAAAGUGAAAGAGUCAGCUCCUGGGAGCUACGGGUUGAAGGAAAAUUGCUAGAAGAUCCCAACAAGCAGAAAAGGAAGUUCUCCUCAUUCUUUAAAAGCCUAGUUAUUGAGCUGGAUAAGGACCUGUAUGGGCCAGACAACCACUUGGUGGAGUGGCACAGGAUGGCCACCACUCAGGAGACUGAUGGGUUCCAGGUGAAACGCCCAGGAGAUAUGAAUGUAAAGUGCACCCUGCUUCUAAUGCUGGAUCAUCAGCCUCCCCAAUAUAAAUUGGACACCCGCCUUGCUCGACUCUUAGGUGUUCACACUCAGACCCGUGCUAACAUCAUGCAAGCUCUGUGGCUCUACAUCAAAAACAACAAGUUGCAGGACAGCCACGAAAAGGAGUACAUCAACUGCAACCGCUACUUCAGGCAGAUCUUUAACUGUAUGCGAAUGAGAUUCUCAGAAAUUCCCAUGAAGUUGGCAAGUCUGUUACAGCACCCAGACCCCAUUAUAAUUAACCACACAAUUAGUGUGGACCCAAAUGAUCAGAAGAAGACAGCGUGUUAUGACAUUGAAGUUGAAGUGGAUGACCCCCUAAAGUCCCAAAUGAGCAACUUUCUUGCAUCCACCACCAACCAGCAGGAGAUUGCCAACCUGGAUGUCAAGAUUCACGAGACAAUCGAAUCCAUCAACCAGCUGAAGACACAGAGAGAUUUCAUGCUGAGCUUCAGCAAUGAUCCCCAGGAAUUUAUUCAGGACUGGUUGCAGUCCCAAAGCAGGGACCUCAAGAUAAUGACAGAUAUGAUGGGAAAUCCAGAGGAGGAGAGGCACUCAGAGUUCUACCAGCAGCCAUGGGCUCAGGAGGCUGUGGGGAGACAAAUCUACUUCAAGGUCCAGCAACGGAGACAAGAGCUAGAACAGGUCCUGGGAAUACGACUGACUUAACCACGUUACAGAGCAGCUUGUACUUACAUUCCAUGUGCCUUAAUAUUCAUUUGAAAAUGUUAUCUCUGUAUGUUAUACACCAUAAUUUAGUAUCGCUGUGCAUCAGCUCUCAGGUACGAUAGAAAUUAUUUUAUUUUCCUGUUUUAAAAAAAACGCAAAUGUAUAAGUCUCUAGCACUAAAACAUGGUGAAAAUAGUAAAAUCAGUCAGACAUUAGUAUUUCAGUCUAAAAUCUGAUUGGUUGAUGUGGGUUACUGCACAAUGUGCAAUUUUUACCGUGUUAUUAAAUAUAAAAGUUUAGAAUUCAGGGCAUGAUGGAACUUGCAGCGCCACAGAGCUGCAUAAUCAGAGGGUACCCCACCCGUUAUUGAGAUACAUUACUGAGCAAAUAGAGUACAGAUCUAAUGGUAAAAUGGUAAGCAUCAGUGGAAAACAUCUAAUCUCCAGUUCAGUUUCUCCUGGAUACCAUUUCCUUGCUGUACUUUAAAGUUAAAAGGACUUUAAAACCUGAAUGCAGUGUUCCUGGUGCAUUGCAGUGUGAAGGGUGUGGUCUGCUGGCAUAGGAAUCCUUUCUUUUUCACACACUGUCAAUACAUUUUGGUAGUCAGACUACGCGAUUCGAACGAGCCCUCAGUUCUAUACACAGGUCUCCUCUCAGGACUGGAGCACAUAUUCAUCAGUUUGUGUCCUUACAAUCUGAUCUACACCUGGGAGGAGAGCCACAAAACAUGGGGAGGGUUGAGGGCAACUUGAGAAGUUUCUUUAGGAUUACACGCAUCUGUCUACCUUUCACCUGCUGCAGUGCCAGACGUGGCAAUUUCAGUAGCUUGUACAUUCCUGGCAAAUGAUAACCACAAACUUUUGUCUUUAACAAAAACUCAGGGAACUCCCAGUGGAAAUAAUCCCAACUAAUUUCAGUGUAAGACUUACUAACAAAACAAACAGCAUUCCAAUCAGCAUAUGAUAGUAAUAGUUUUAUGUUAUUUUUUAUUGUUUUACAUGCAAACAUUUUAUUUGCACUGGUGGGGGGUUGAAAGCUUCAGGUUUCAGGGAAAAUGUGGUGGGGUUUAAUUUUUUUCCCUCAUCAGUUAUAUACCAUAAUAUACAAAGCUUAUAAACACAAAAACAAAUCUUUGCACUAAUAUUUUUCUACAAGUCACCAGCAGUGAUGUCUACAAGAAUAUAUUAUCUCCCUCUGCUGGUCCAUUGUGUAAACUUUACCCCCUUCUAGCACAAGGGAAGUGCAUGGGGAGGAUGCUGUGAAUUUGCCUUGCAACAUGGAGCCAGUGUUCCUUUCUCAGGGUGUGUCCUAUUGAUUGUGUGCAGGAGCAAAUCCAUUUACUUGGACCAAAGAUGAAGCUUUAUGGGGGCUUGCAAAUGUUUCUGUAGUGUUUUAUUAUAUAGAGUUCUGAUACAUAAGACAAUUGUCUGCAAUUGCUUCAAUGUAAUUUAAGAGAUCACAAUGCAGGCUUAUCAGCCUAAAUAUUCAGCCCGAUCACUCUUGGCCUAUGUUGGAACCGAUUAGCACAUGUAGAAGAUGGCUGCAUUCAGCUUGAUCACAGUCAUUCAACCAAAUUAACUAGUAUACUGAUAAAGUCCUUUUUAAUAUUGGGGCAUCAUGAUUAUUUUAAGGUCACACAUGUCAGCAAUAUGACAGUGUUCAUAUACAAAAAAGAAACAUAUUCCCAUUUCCUGACGUCACCAAGAUCCAAUCUCUCCACAAGUGCUCAUCUACUUCUCUUGAGCUACACGGGAGAGGUAAGGACUGGCUACUUGCAUUAGGAGUUCACAGAAUGAUCUGCUCAGUGUUCCCCACCUUCAGGCAAUGAGGGAGGAGGGGUGAGAUUACUAUGGCUUGUCCUAACUCACUGUGCACCUUACAGAAGGAAGAAUACUACAGCCAGAAAAAAAUAAAAAUAAUCAGCACUAAAAAGAGAUCUUUUAAAAUUAUUCUAAGUGCAAAAUUGUAAAAACAAUAUAUAGCGGUCUUGGGUUAGAGCUAAUGGUGUAGAAGCACAGUAGUUUUUAUUAUCAUCCCUGCUUUUCUACAAGGAUGUGGUUGUGAGUAAACAUGCAAAACAAAAAAGGGCCAUCUACUUUAUUCUGCAUGACUUUCGAAAUGGUUCAGAUAAACUGAGACCUAUAUUUGCAUUCCCUGUAAGCAUAAACUGUUAUAUCUUUUUAUAAUACCUCUAUAACCUGGAGUGUUCUUUUAUGCCAAGUUACUGAAAGAUAAGUCAUGGAUGGUAGCACAUAUUUGCAUUUCAGUACUUACAUCCUUACCAAAGUCUGCUUGUGACCCAUUAAAGGUUGGUUACUUUAGAGUAUGCCAGUCGCCAACAAAACCAUGCAUGCAUCCAUUUUGUUGGCUAAGCCAAGGUUCAUGAGGAUGCAGCCUAUCCCUCCACUAUAAUGUAGUGACAUCACUGAUCACUGGGGUGCAGCACUGGCUCUGAGAGUUCACUACAUCCUCAUUCAUAACAACGCCCACAGGAAAGGUGCAUACAAUGUAUGUGAGGGGCAAACAUUUUAAUGGCUGCAGUAGUUGUAUGUAUGGUCUUCAAGUGAUGUGCAGUUUACAUAUACAAACCUAUGGGAGUGUGAUCUAUAUGUGUAUCAAUAGUGAAUAUUUCUUUGUUGCUUGCAAAACUGUUAACUGGUUAAUAAAUAAACGCUUCUUUUUUUA